AUGCCGGGAAUUCCCGGUCAGCAGAGAGCAGCUUUCCCCUGGGCUCUACCACGACUAGUCCAAUGUCUAUCCCUUGUUCUGAUCUUGUUAGUGGGCGCUCGUACCCAUCAGGCAAGGAGAAUCCUCCGUGGGGAAAUGUCGGGGUUUUUGAGCUAG